AAAACAACUCUUAAAAACAACUCUUAAAAACAACUCCUAAAGACAGCUCCUUAUCUCACAAUGUAUCAUGUCCAGUGUCUUUGUGAAUCUGAAGUGAACCAAUGUGUUUGUUUGGGUGUCUGUUGUGUAAUAUGUCUGUAGGUCUGAUGACUCCUUCUGCAGGUGAACAUUUGUCUGUUGUGUAGUUUGUCUGUAGUUCUGAUGACUCCUUCUGCUGGUGAACGUGUGUCUGUUGUGUAAUUUGUCUGUAGGUCUGAUGACUCCUUCUGCUGGUGAAAGUUUGCGGGUUGUAACCUGACACGCGCAAACACACACACACACACACCUGGUUGUUUUGGGUGUUUCAGGAAUUUUUUAUCAGAGGAGAUAGUGUCUCUCUGGUCGAAAAUUAAAAUGUCAGGAACGAUUACUAAAGACGAAAUGGAGGAGCUAAGAGAGGCCUUCCAGAAGAUUGAUACCAACAGUAAUGGCUUCAUCAAUGACUCUGAGUUGACUGAGCUGUUUAAAGAAGCCAACCUGCCGAUGCCCGGAUACAAAGUCAGAGAGAUCAUCCAAAAACUGGACCGAGAUAAAGACAACCAGAUCAGCUUUGACGAGUUCCUCUCUAUUGCCAAGGAGCUGAAAGGGGGUGACAUUGCUAAGAGCUUCAGGAAGGCCAUCAACAGGAAGGAAGGUAUCCUGGCUAUCGGAGGAACCAGUGAGCUGUCCAGUCAGGGGACUCAGCACUCAUUCUCAGAGGAGGAGCGCUUUGCGUUCGUGAACUGGAUCAACUCUGCGUUGGAGAAGGAUCCAGACUGUAAACACGUCCUCCCAAUGAACCCCAACACCCCAAACAGUCUGUUCACUGCUGUGGGGGAUGGCAUCGUGCUAUGUAAGAUGAUCAACUUGUCUGUUCCUGACACCAUUGAUGAGAGAACCAUCAACAAGAAGAAGCUCACUCCCUUCACUAUACAGGAGAACCUGAACCUUGCUCUGAACUCUGCGUCUGCUAUUGGCUGUCAUGUAGUGAAUAUUGGAGCACAGGACUUAAGAGAGGGCAAACCCCACCUGGUCCUGGGCCUCCUCUGGCAGAUCAUUAAGAUAGGACUGUUUGCUGACAUUGUUCUCAGCAAGAAUGAAGCUCUGGCUGCGUUGCUGCGUGAGGGAGAAACCUUGGCCGACUUGAUGAAGUUGUCUCCUGAAGAGUUGCUGCUCCGGUGGGCCAACUUUCACCUGGAGAACGCAGGCUACAGCAAGAUUAACAACCUCUCCUCUGACAUCAAGGACUCCAGAGCGUACUUUCACCUGCUCAACAUGAUUGCUCCUGACGGCAGCAAAGCAGACAAACCACGUAUUGAGAUCAACAUGUCUGGCUACAACGAGAAAGAUGACCUUCGUAGGGCUGAGUGCAUGUUGUUGCAGGCGGACCGGCUGGGCUGUAGACAGUUUGUGACAGCUGCUGAUGUGGUCAGUGGAAACUCCAAACUGAACCUGGCCUUCGUAGCCAACCUGUUCAAUAAAUACCCCUGCCUUACCAAGCCGGAGGGGCAGGACCUGGACUGGGGCAAAGUGGAAGGAGAGACAAGAGAAGAGCGAACCUUCAGGAACUGGAUGAAUUCCCUGGGAGUCAACCCCCACGUCAAUCACAUAUACGGUGAUCUGUUAGAUGCUCUGGUCAUCUUGCAGCUCUAUGAGAGGAUUAAGGUGACUGUGGACUGGGAACACAAGGUCAACCGGCCACCUUAUCCCAAGAUAGGAGCCAACAUGAAGAAGCUGGAGAACUGUAACUACGCGGUGGCACUGGGGAAGACGAAAGCAGGAUUCUCUCUGGUCGGCAUUGGAGGAAAAGACUUAAACGAUGGAAACCCAACACUCACUCUAGCCCUUGUCUGGCAAAUCAUGAGGAGAUACACUCUGAAUGUUCUGGAAGACCUGGGAGAUGGAGAGGCUGCCAACGAUGACCUCAUCAUCAGCUGGGUCAACAGAACUCUGACUGAAGCAGGGAAGAGCUCCAAGAUCUCCAACUUCAAGGACCGUUCUAUCAGUACCAGUCUUCCUGUCCUGGAUCUGAUUGAUAGCAUUCAGCCGGGGUCUGUGAGAUACGACCUGGUGAAGACCGGAACACUCUCAGAGGACGACAAAUUAGACAAUGCCAAGUAUGCUGUAUCCAUGGCUCGGAAGAUCGGGGCGCGUGUUUACGCCCUCCCAGAUGACCUGCUGGAGGUCAAACCCAAGAUGGUCAUGACUGUGUUUGCAUGCCUUAUGGGAAGAGGAAUGAAGAGGGAAUAACAUAGAUCCAAAACAAACACCAUACCACACACACCACACCACACCACACACACCACAACACACACACCACAACCCAGCAUAGAAACACCACACCACACGCACCACAACACACA